CUGAUCAUGGCAAUGAACAUCCUCUUGUUUAGCUCAAUCGCCCUAUCUUUGGCCUUUGUUGCUCUCGCCUUCGAGCCAAGCCCGUUGCAGGAUUUCUGCGUUGCCGAUCCUACUAGCUCAGCAAGAGUGAAUGGGCAAGCUUGCAAAAGCCCUGCUUCAGUAGUUGCAAACGAUUUCUCCUUCAGUGGGCUGCAUGUGCCCGGGAACACCUCCAAUCCUAACGGGUCGAGGGUGACCCCGGUGUCUGUAGCCCAGUUGCCAGGGCUCAACACCCUGGGAAUCUCAAUGGUGCGUAUUGACUACGCGCCAUGGGGAAUCAAUCCACCACACACACACCCGAGAGCCACUGAGAUCCUGACCGUGAUUGAGGGAUCCCUCCUAGUGGGCUUUGUGACCUCCAAUCCCGACAACACCCUCAUCACCAAAACACUCCACAAAGGCGAUGUUUUUGUGUUUCCAGUUGGGCUCAUUCACUUCCAGCGUAACGUUGGAACAGGAAAUGCGGUUGCCAUAGCUGCAUUGAGUAGCCAGAAUCCCGGAGUUAUCACCAUUGCCAAUGCUGUUUUUGGGUCCAAGCCCGAUAUUAGUACUGAUAUUCUCGCCAAGGCCUUCCAGGUGGAUAAAACUGUUGUAGAUGGGCUCCAGGCCAAAUUCUAGGAAUCCAGAUUAAAAGCAAGAUCCUCUCUUAUUUGGUCCCAAUAUUAUUUUUGUGUGCUUUCAUGUUGUCUCUUUUUUUCCCUUAAUUACUUAGCUUUCUCUGCGCGUGGCUUCUGUUUUGUUUCAGUUUGUUUGAUGC